GAAAUGAUUGAUAAUGAAAAAUAUGAGUCUCGUCGACGUACUGUUGUGCAUUAAAUUUAGCUUCUUCAGAAAUUCGUUUUGAUAUUGAUCCGGAAACUGGGGCUCUUGUUAAAGUGUUAGAGAAGCAACAUUUGGAGACUAUGUCCAUGAUAGAAGAAUUCAUGUUGCAAAACUGAAGAUGAAGUUAUUCUGUUGGAAUAUGGAAGUGCCCUAUGACGAAUUUUCUCCUGCCGUUCUAGCUUGUCUUCCUGAAGUUUUUUGGUCUUCACAUCCUUUGGAUCCUCCAGAACGUGAAGAUUUGACGUUGUACUCCUUGACCCAAGCUGUCUAUUUUGCUGCUGGAACAGUUCCAAGGGAUCAAUAUUUACAUUAUGGUCUAGCUGUUCAAGUUUAUACACAUUUUACUUCUCCAAUUCGUCGUUAUGCUGAUGUUAUGGUUCAUCGACUACUUGCAGCACUUAUUGGAGUAGAUCAAAUACAUCCAAAUAUGUUGGAUAGAAGAAAGUUGAUUCGUCAGACGGAGAACAUGAACAGACGCCAUAGACGUGCUCAAUAUGCUAGCCGUGCUUCUGUACUGUUAAACACAUUUAUGAUGGUUAAAGAAAAUCCUGAACCUUGUCUCUCCGCUAUUGUUAUUGGGAUACGUUCAAAUGGAAUUCAGGUGUGGGGGAGUUUUCUUAUCGGGGGGGGGGGGGGCAUUGAUUCCAAAUUAAUUUGUGUUAGUAUUUAUACCUCCAAUUUAAGGUAA